CACCGGUCAACCACAACAACUCACGUCUGUUCUGCCGCACUUCUCCCACCAAACAACAGCACCGUGCUUUUAUUCGAUCCCUAGAAGCAAGACAAAAUAACAUACGACACUCCUUCUCUGCCUCACCGCCUAUCCAUUCUGCUGGCCAGUCACAACAACAAUCCACCUCCUUGAGCGCCUAAGUUGAUUCUACCCUCACCUCACCUCACCCUCGCCGAUUUCGAUAGAUCUACUGCAUCCGCGAUAAUGACUGCGGCCUUGCUUGUGCCUCGCCUCACUUCGUUCCCUGUCUGUUGACGUCCGGUCGACUGGCCUUCCUUCAUCUUGCUGCAGACGUCGCAGGCUCGGCGUUCGUCCUUGACCCUUCACCCCGAGUUUGUUGUCCUUUUGGACACUCGAACGCUAGCUCCCUGCUUCACUGGUGCCAACAGUGAACCACCGAUUUCACAACAAAUCGUUCCCUCGACGCCCUCCACACCGCGCCGUCCUGUUCAUAAUUCGCGCCUCUGAAUGAGUUGGAACGGUGUCCCGUGUACAACCCUCGACUUCAGCACGUUCCUGCAUCCUUCAGACAACGAUCUCUCGAAUUUCACGUUUGACGUAUCCUGACCGUGGCUUUUUAGGGUGUGAGUGCGUGGUCGCGGCCACGACUCUGGGAGGUUGAAGGAUGUCUAUGGACAUGGCUCCAGGUCAAUAUCGGCAACACAUGUCAAGCGCUGCUGCGUAUUCGCAACCUGAAAGUCUUCACUACGAACACCAACAUGGCGCAGAUCCUGACCGCUACUACACCGAUCAACCUUAUUAUCCCUCGCAAGACGACGACGGUCUGAACUACACUUCCCAUGAAGGUCACGCUCCCAUCACCACUACCUCCUAUGACCACCCUGCUACGACGUUGCCUUAUCACAUCCGAAAUCAAUCUGCUGCCCAUGACCAAUACGACGGCGCUCCAAUUCCUCCUCCUCGAACAUCUUCUCAGCAGCAGGGCUCUCCACGCGGCCCUGUCGCUCCCUCAACUGCCCCCCUGGAAGCAAGAGUAGCUGCAACACGGCAGGCGAGACAAAACGCACCAGAUUCGCACGCUGGUCGGGUUCAGAAUCGUGUCGGAGAUUACAAUGAGGAAACGCGAGAUAGGUCACGGGACGAUACAGCAACGGCCACUGCGUCUGCUGCACGUAGCCGACGAAAGGGUCCUGCUAGUCCCGACGGUCCACACCGUGCCGCAAGCACACGAGAACGAGGUGCUCACACUGUCCCCACCCAAAGCCGAUCGGAAGCCACCAUGCACCCAUCCAACACCGCCGCCUCGCUGGCACGCGAGUACAGCGAUGUCAUCAACAGAGUGGUCGUGUCCGAUCCCCAGGAAGAUAUUGAAAGAGCUCAGGAACGAGUAGCUGAAGCUCAACCCAUGAACCCAGACGCUCGCAACGUCCCGGAACUUGACGAUGAUCUCCUGCCCCCUCCGGGACCGGCUCGACGGCAGGAUUACUCCAAGUCGUCUCGCCGCAAAGACGUCCAAUUUGGGGACUACGUACUGGGUCAGACGCUCGGCGAAGGUGAAUUCGGCAAGGUCAAAUUGGGCUGGAAAAAAGACGGUAGCACUCAAGUGGCGAUCAAGCUUAUUAGGAGGGAGACUGUGGCUUCCAACCCGACACGACUACCCAAGAUCUAUCGCGAGAUUUCCAUCUUGCGGGAUCUGGCACAUCCGAACAUCGUCCGACUCCAUGAAAUGGUCGAGACAGAACGUCACAUUGGCAUCAUUUUGGAAUAUGCUUCUGGUGGCGAGCUUUUCGACUACAUCUUGAAUCACCGAUAUCUGAAAGAUCCCGCGGCCAGGAGACUGUUCGCGCAGCUUGUUUCUGGAGUCGGCUACCUUCAUAAGAAAGGCAUUGUCCAUCGUGACCUGAAGUUGGAAAAUCUCCUUCUCGACCAGAAUCGCAACAUCAUCAUCACAGAUUUUGGAUUUGCCAACACAUUCGACCCCAAAGACGAGCUGUCUGAUGAAAUUGUCUACAACCUCGGUAACAAGGAGUUCAUUAGGAAGUUCAAACUCGAUCGACUUGACGCCCGCGGAAUGAGAAGAGGCGACCUGAUGCAAACCAGCUGUGGCAGCCCUUGCUAUGCGGCCCCUGAAUUGGUAGUUAGUGACUCCCUCUACACGGGCAGGAAGGUUGAUGUCUGGAGUUGCGGAGUUAUUCUGUACGCUAUGCUGGCUGGCUACUUACCUUUCGAUGACGAUCCUGCAAAUCCUGAAGGCGACAACAUCAACCUCCUCUACAAGUACAUAACCACCACUCCAUUGACGUUCCCGGAAUAUGUCACUCCCCACGCUCGAGAUCUUCUUCGCCGUAUUCUAGUCCCAGACCCUCGAAAGCGCGCCGACUUAUUUGAGGUCGCUCGACACAGCUGGCUUAGUGAGUACCAGCACGUGGUGUCCGAUAUGACCAGCAGCACCACCAAUGUCGCCGAUAUUCCGCAUGGUAGUGUUCGAGCAGAAGAUGAGGAACGGCCGGCCGUCAACAGAAGCGCGUCGGUACGCGAAGUGCCAGCGAAACAUAGCCGCGCUUCUCCUAGCGCUCUUGCCCGUUCCCCAGAAGGACUAUUACACGAGGGCGACGAGGAAUCCACUGGUUCACGGCGAACCCGUCAUACCCUGCAGCCAGAAUAUGUCCCUCCUCAGACUCACACGGUUCGGGGACAAACCGCUGCUGCGACAGAACCAGCAGUCAAUCGCACUCAAGUUGCCGCGCCUAUGCAACCAAUAUCGUUGUCGAAACCGCUACCUCAGGAUCCACCGGUCGAGUCUGCUCGAGACAGAGUGCCAACUGCUUCGCAACAGAAGAUGCCGCCCGUACGUCCUGUUCGAGAGAUCCCAAGAUCGGUCUCGGACUCCACCAGCGCUUUUGGCACAGCUCCAGCACCAACAAGCCAAUACAUGACCAGGCCGAGCACCCAAGGGUCAGUUACAUCUGCCGGCGGACCCGUCAACACCAGAUCCGACCUCCGUCUUCCAUCCCGGGGAUCGUAUGGUCAACCGGUGGCUCCCACUGUGGCUGCAACAAACGUCCAGGGUCGCGUUACACAACCAACCAAGACCAGUCGGGGUUACAAUAUUUCCGGUCCUCUGCCACAAUCUGGUGCCCAGAACUCCAUUGGACAGCCGAUGACGACGCCCAUGCCGCCGCCUAGCUCGCAACAACCACAGAAAGCUGCUCAUCACCGACGAUCGAGUACAUUGAGUGGGCUCGGAGAGCGACUUUUUGGCCGAUCCAAUUCCGUGGUGAAAAAAGACGUAGAGCGACAAAAGAACGGGCGGAAGUACCCGCCCACCAGCAUGAAAGAGUAUCCUUCCGAAGCGCAACCUCGUAUGUCAACAGAAUCGAAGCGAUCUUUCUCUUUUGGAUUGGGCAAGAAGAGGAGCACGGAUAUGGAGAAUCAGGCACAAACAGAGAAGCCGGUACGACGAUUUUCACUUAUUCCUAGUUCGAUGUCGUUCAAAGGUCUGAUGGGGGGUGCAAAGGACGAAUAUUCCUCCAAACCAGGCACCCCGCAAACGGAGCGAUUUGGUGCACCGGCUUCAGGUCGACCCGCGACCAGCCAGGAAGAGAUCAAUCAGCACAUUGCAAACACAGAUGGACAGUAUGAAGGCUCGAGGCCGGUCAAGUACAACAACUUCUCCCGCCCACCUCAGUCCCAAUAUCAGGCCCCUCGCGUCGCCACGACACAGGCCACGAAUGACGUCUAUGGUGGAACUGCUGUUUAUGCUCCGCAGGGACAGACAGCGCAUCAACGUCAACAGAGCGAGCCCAUGGCACAAAUGAUGGCAUAUGCUGAAGCUGUACAACCAAGUGGUCGACCGUCAAUGCAACAAGGGCGCCAAGCUCGGGGAGUGCUGGUCAAAAACAACCGCAAGUUUACUGAAGCAUACGACCAGGACCAUGGCCCGACGCAACACAGCGGAAGGUCCGGAGCGGUUAAGAAGGUCCAAGAUUUCUUUCGUCGCCGUCGAGCUCCGACGGAUGGCGACUAUCGAUGAAUGCGCCAGCUGCGCUUAGACAUGUCGGUUUCCUCUUCUUCAGCAGAAGGAAAGCAGAUUCGGCCAAGGGUUUUGGUGGAUUGGGUUCAAAGGGUGGAUAUCGACUUUUCUUGUAAUCAAUUAAUCAUUGGCGGACAUGGUUUCCCACCCCGUGUCAACCUGGGUGUGAAUUUGGCGGAGGCCUUUGCAUUCAGCAACCACCAUUUUGUCUUCCUUCCACCCUCCCGGGCGCGGGCGGGUAUUGAAGAUUGGGCCCGUGAAUUGGCAUUGGACUUGGAAGGUCAUUCUAUGUGUCAGAGUACAAAGUAAGUCAGAUUCAUGUCGUUAGCUGGCGGCGUUCGUUUAUCGCUUGGAAGGGGAAGAGACCAGGAAGCUCAGUGUUGAGACUUGUGCUGGAGCCUUCGAGGGCUGGGGUCUCGACAUUGGGAGCUUUUGCUUCUUUGCUGGCACGGAUGGUUGAAAGAGACUUGUGGGAUCGGAAAGAUGGAUACCCCCUACGUAGCAUUGUACGAUUGUGUUUUCAACAGGAACGAGGCACAAGCACAAGCACAAGCAGACACAAAUCGCAAACCAGAAGUCAACAGGUACCGCCGAGAAGAGAGAUAGAUACCUAGACAUGGUUAGGGACGUUGCCUUCGGAAUAUUGCUCGGUGUAUUUGGUGUUUGUGCAGUCAGCAUCUGUGCCCGGCGGAAUCGCG